CAGAGGUCGCAUCGUAUUGAAAGUCAUCGAACACCUGAAAAUAGCGAAUCUGUCAUCGUUCUCAGUCUUUUUAGAAUCACACGUGAAGCUGCGUGGUAAACCUAAAUUCAAUUCAGCUGGUUGCAUACGACAAUUCUCUCGAUUUUGUGAAAUAAGAAAAAUGCCAUCCGAUUCGAAGAAACGUGAACAACAGCGCAAGAAAGACGCACAAAAGAAACGUAAUCAAAAAAUUACUACGGUUACUUCGAAAGACACGAACGAUGAGAAACCAACGAAUGGAACAACCAACGGUGUUGCAACCAAUGGUGCUGCCGUCGAAAUGACUGAAGAAGAAAAAUUGUGUGCAAAGUUGGAGAUGGAAGCACGUAUCAAUCAAGAAGCCCGUGCCUGUACUGGUUCAUUGGCCGUACAUCCACGAUCGCGUGAUAUUAAAAUCGACAACUUUUCCAUUACAUUCUUCGGUUCGGAGAUGUUACAGGACACUAUGCUUGAAUUGAAUUGUGGCCGUCGUUACGGAUUGAUCGGAUUGAAUGGUUGUGGAAAAUCGUCACUAUUGGCCGUCCUGGGUAAUCGUGAGGUACCCAUUCAAGAGCAAAUCGAUAUUUUCCAUUUGAGCCGCGAGAUUCCGGCAUCAACCAAAACUGCCCUCCAAUGUGUAAUGGAGGUGGAUGAGGAACGUUUGAAGUUGGAAAAAUUAGCCGAAGAACUUGCAACUAAAGAAGAUGAUGAGUCGCAAGAUCAACUCAUGGACAUCUAUGAACGGCUCGAUGAUAUGGCCGCCGAUCAAGCCGAGGCGAAAGCAGCUCGUUUACUCCACGGUCUUGGUUUCACUAAAGAAAUGCAACUGAAACAGGCAAAAGAUUUCUCCGGUGGUUGGCGUAUGAGAAUUGCUUUGGCCCGUGCACUGUUUGUGAAGCCUCAUUUGUUGUUGCUCGAUGAGCCAACGAAUCAUUUGGAUCUUGAAGCUUGCGUCUGGCUGGAAGAAGAACUUAGCCAAUACAAACGUAUUUUGGUGUUGAUUUCACAUUCACAAGAUUUCCUUAACGGUGUGUGCACCAACAUCAUUCACAUGGACAAGAAACGCUUAAAAUACUACACGGGUAACUACGAGGCGUUCUGCCGUACUCGCAUGGAAUUGCUGGAAAAUCAAAUGAAACAAUACAACUGGGAACAAGAUCAAAUCGCACACAUGAAAAAUUACAUUGCUCGAUUUGGUCACGGUUCGGCCAAAUUGGCCCGUCAAGCACAAUCCAAAGAGAAAACUCUUGCAAAAAUGGUCGCACAAGGCCUCACCGACAAAGUGGUUGAUGACAAAACGCUGAACUUCUCUUUUCCAAGCUGUGGUACUAUUCCUCCACCGGUAAGUUCACAUUAACCCAUGAAUACACUCAUUUUAUUCUUCAAAAACUCACACAACGAUCUCUUUACCAACUCAUGUCUUUUGUCUGUAUAAUUUCAGGUAAUCAUGGUACGUAGCAGAAUAGGUUGAACUGGUUUCAAGCACAGCACAUAGUAGCAAGUCAAACGAUUUCUAUUAAUCAAAAUUAUUUAAUGUAAUUUCAGGUGCAAAAUGUGUCGUUCCGUUACAACGAUAGUACGCCCCACAUUUACAAAAAUCUCGAGUUUGGUAUCGAUUUGGACACUCGUCUUGCUCUUGUAGGCCCCAAUGGAGCCGGAAAGUCAACGCUAUUGAAAUUGUUGUAUGGCGAUCUGCAACCAACAUCCGGAAUGAUUCGUAAGAAUUCACAUUUGCGCAUAGCCAGAUAUCAUCAGCAUUUGCAUGAAUUGUUGGAUUUGGAUGCCUCUCCAUUGGAGUACAUGAUGCGAGCUUUCCCAGAAGUAAAAGAACGCGAAGACAUGCGUAAAAUUAUUGGUCGAUAUGGAUUGACUGGCAGACAACAAGUUUGCCCAAUUCGUCAGCUUUCUGAUGGUCAACGGUGUCGUGUUGUGUUCGCAUGGCUUGCUGGGCAAACACCUCAUUUGCUUCUACUUGACGAACCUACCAAUCACUUGGAUAUGGAAACCAUUGACGCUCUCGCUGAAGCCAUCAAUGACUUUGACGGUGGAAUGGUACGUGUAACACUUUUAAAUUUGCAUGCCUCAUUCAAACACAGCAUAUUCAUUUAUUUCAAUUUAUUUUGAACGGGAUGUUCUGUAGGUGUUGGUGAGUCACGACUUCCGUCUUAUCAAUCAAGUUGCCGAAGAGAUUUGGAUUUGCGAGAAAGGCACCGUUACCAAAUGGAACGGCAACAUUUUGGAUUACAAAGAUCACUUGAAAUCGCACUGCGUCACCAAUGAUAAGGAAAACGGCAAGCAAAAAUAGAGCUGCAAAUUUAUUUACUAUCUAGCUUUAUUGUAAAUAACUUGUUCGUUGAUAACAAAGUUCAUUCUUACCAAUAAAAAAAACUGUUCAACUACCAAACAAACACAAA